AUGGAUUUCUUUAGCAGAGGAUACAAAGGACUUCUUGGUGAUAAAGGACAGCACCAAUCUGUGGAGGACACGAUCGCAAAAUUAGUCGAUCGUGUUAGUAAUUCUACGUUGUUAGAGGAUAGACGUGCCGGCAUAUUAGGCCUAAAAG